AUGGUUCAAUGCUCUGGAUGCAUUCAUGAUUUUUCUGUCACCGGCUUGAGCCUGCAUCUGGCUAAAACUCAGGAUUCACGUUGCAAAGCUGUCCUUGCCUCCUCUCACCAUCAUGUCUACACUCCGAGCCCUCCCGCACACAACGACGCAGAAAUGCAGGACCUUGAAGACAGAUUUUUGGACCCAUUUGAUGAAGAUCAGACUUGGCAUUGUGACGAGCAUGCCGAAAGCAGUAGUGACGAGGAAGAUGAUAGAGAGGAGCACGAGUGGGAGCCACCAGUACAGGAGGACGAGGGCGUACCUGGGGAAGAGCCACAAGCAGAUGACUCGAUGGACAACGACAAUGGCAGCGCUGAUCAUCAAACACGCCACCAGAUUGAACGUCGAAUUAUCGAUCAAGACAGAGUCCAUGUCGUGUCAUAUCCUGAUCAUCGAGCAGGACAACCUAUUUCCCAAGCCGAAAUUCAAAACGCAAAUGCUAUGUAUGCUUCUAGUAUUGAUGGCGCAGAAAAUCCUUAUGCUCCAUUCCACUCUCAAAUGGACUGGGAGAUCGCACGAUGGGCAAAGUUACGUGGCCUGAGCUCAACAGCAUUCUCAGACUUGCUUAGUAUUGAUGGUGUUAGUGAACGCCUCUGUCUUUCUUACAAAAAUGCGAGGGAGCUUAAUAGGAUCAUUGACACGCAACUUCCUGGUCGCCCCAAGUUUCGCCGUGAACAAGUCGUCAUUGCAGGCGAAGCUUUUGAUAUUUUCUACCGAGACAUAAUCGAAUGUAUCAAGGAUCUCUUUGGCAACCCAGACUUUGCAGACUUUCUCGUGUUUGCACCAGAACACCAUUACACAGAUGCUGAUGAAACAGUUCGGUUGUUCAGUGACAUGCACACUGGUAAAUGGUGGUGGAAUACGUAG